AUGCCUAUAACUAUUGGAAAUACGCGUAUCUGGCUACCUCAUCGGAGAAGCUACGCAGUCAAAGACAAGUCUGAAAUAUGGCCUUUAGCGAUCGAAUACGAAAAGAACCAUGACGGGAGUUCCUCGGUCGUUGAAGACCAACAGGGCCUUCUCUUAAAAGUCUCAGGCCCUGAGAAACACACGUGGACUAUAAGACAACUUGCUGAUGGCGAAGAACCAGAUGUCAUGCAAAUGGCUCCAUGGGAGCGACCCUUUGCACGUCUAAUUGGGUUCAGUAGUGUGGUUACCGACGUACUAUCCUUCUACAAUGCAUAUUACCAAAUACAGGCUGUGAUGGAGAUAAGGAGAGAACAGAAACCUGCUGCUUGGGGAGUGUUCUUAGCUUGGUUUAUUAUUGGGGUCAACUUCAUGCUAACUACCCCAAACAUCCCCCUCGUUGCUGUAAAGCUCAGAACAUAUUGGGGAAAAUUUCGACCUCGACUUCGUCUCGUCGGCACAGAUGUGCCACAUGUUGAUGUAGUCAUUCCCUGCUGCAAAGAGUCCAUCGAUGUACUACAGGACACCAUUAUGGCGGCUAUAGCACUUGAAUAUCCAGAAGACCGAUUCCGAGUGAUUGUGGCUGACGAUGGUGGGUCAACACAGCUCGAGUCAUGGAUCACUGAAUUGGGACAGUGCAACCUCUAUUAUACUGCCCGUAACGAGAACGGCCGGACCGGCUUCAAAGCCGGAAACCUGAAUCAUGCGGUUCAAUUCAUCGAGCAUCAGCUUGGUCAGCCCGCAGAGUUCAUUGCUUCAUUGGACGCUGAUAUGAUUCCCGAGCGGAACUGGCUACGAGCGAUCACAGCACAUAUGGUGCUGGAUCCUAAGUUGGGAGUUGUUUGCCCCUCACAAAGCUUCUAUAACUUUCCUGAUAACGAUCCCUUGUACCAGAGCCAACUGAAUUCAUGGCGGUGUACCGAUAUCAUUCGUGAUUUUGCUGAUAUUUCAUGGAACACUGGAUCCGGUUUCAUCUUGCGGCGCCAAGCACUCAUAGCCACCGGAGGCUUCCCUACUCAUUCUCUUACCGAGGACGUUUUGAGCUCUAUGAUGAUGAUGGCUAAAGGCUGGAGAACAGGUUAUCUGGCCGAGUCGUUACAGUAUGGGCUGAUGCCGGAUUGCUACCUAGCCCAUGUCAAACAGCUUACCCGCUGGGUAUGUACACUCGCAAGCCGUUGUCGACAAGGGCAUUGUUACUAA